UUGAAAAUCUUCAAAAUAUGAGACAGCACUCAAAAAUACAAAAAAUGUGAUAAUAGGUUGUAAGUUUAGAAGAGCCCCUGAAAAUUCUACACCACGCUACACUAAAUGGGCCAAUUCCUUGACUCAAGAGCAUCUCAACUUACAAGUUUACACUUCACAUGGCCCCACAGUUAUCAUGCCAACAUGGUUUAUGCACAAAUCCAUAUUCAAAAAAGUUGGAGGGUUUGUUGAAAGUGACAAGGGAACACCUGAAGAUUUGAUAUUUUUCAACAAACAUCUUGAUUUGGGUGGAAAAAUUUGCAGGGUUGAAGAUUUUUUAUUGGUUUAUAGUUUUCAUGCAGAUCAAACCACAUUUUCAAUUCACAAAAACACAAUUUUCACGGUCAGAAUAGAAAGACUGCAGAGGGUAGUCCUGAACGAUUGGCCCCAUUUCACGAUUUGGAAUGCAGGUAAACAGGGUAGAAAACUGUACAAGUCCUUGUCGGAGGAGAACAGAAUGAAGGUGGGAGCGUUUUGCGAUGUGGACAGGAACAAGAUCGGACACAAAUACGUGCCGUUCGAUGCGGAAAAAAGGACAAACGGUACAGGCAUCGAUAUCGUCCAUUUCCGAGAUGCCCGGCCGCCUUUUGUGAUUUGCGUUAAAAUGGACACGACCGGAGGUGACUUUGAAAACCACCUUCGCGGACUGCAUUUGAAAGAAGGGACGGAUUACGUGAUGUUUAGCUAA